AUGUAUGGCAUUUCGCCGCCUGACAACAACCAGAUCAAGGAGAUCAGGUGCAUCGUCAUGCCGCCCCAGUGGGGUACCCACCAGACCGUUCAUUUGCCCAACGGUCUGCCCAACGAUGAGUACCUACGCGAGUUGGAGCCUCUGGGUUGGAUUCAUACCCAGCCGAAUGAACUGCCGCAACUUUCGCCUCAGGAUGUAACUACGCACGCAAGGCUGUUUGCAGAGCACGACGGGGAACGCACAAUUGUGAUUACAUGCAGCUUCACUCCGGGCUCCGUUUCCCUGUGUGCCUACAAACUCACUCCCGGUGGUUAUGAGUGGGGUCGCCAGAACACGGACAAGGGGAACAACCCGAAGGGAUACUUGCCAAGCCACUAUGAGCGAGUGCAGAUGCUACUCUCCGAUCGCUUUUUAGGCUUCUUCAUGGUGCCCUCAUUGGGCUCUUGGAAUUAUAAUUUUAUGGGUGUCCGCCACGACCCGAACAUGAAGUACGAGUUGCAGCCACUCAAGCCUAAAAAGUUCUACCAUCGUGUCCAUCGUCCUUCGCACUUCCUGAACUUCACUACCAUUGAAGAAAACGAAGCCUUUUCAGCAGAUCGUGAAAAUCCCCUGGCGUAA